AUGUUUAACGGGGAGACAAGCUCCUCCUCGGCACGGAACGUGGUCCGCAGCUCCAGCAUCAGCGGCGAGAUGUACAACAUCGAGAAGAGCAACGGGGGCAAUGUCGACUCGGCCAGCAUAACCUCCAACAAGAAGAGGCGCUCCAGCCUGGGCGCCAAGAUGGUGGCCAUCGUGGGGCUGUCGCAAUGGAGCAAGAGCACCCUGCAGCUCAACCAGCCAGAUGGCGGUCCCAAGAAGCUGCGCAGCAACAUCCGGAGGAGCACAGAGACUGGCAUCGCGGUGGAGAUGAGGAGCAGGGUGACGCGGCAGGGCAGCCGGGAGUCCACCGAUGGCAGCACCAACAGCAACAGCUCCGACGGCACGUUCAUUUUCCCCACCACCCGCCUGGGAGCCGAAAGCCAGUUCAGCGACUUCUUAGAUGGGCUGGGGCCGGCGCAGAUCGUGGGCCGUCAGACGCUGGCGACACCUCCGAUGGGUGAUGUCCACAUUGGGAUGACCGACAGGAAUGGGCAGCUGGAGGUGGAAGUGAUACAGGCCAGGGGUCUCAUGCCGAAGAUGGGCUCCAAGUCCAUCCCUGCGACCUAUGUUAAAGUCUAUCUGUUGGAGAACGGAGCCUGCUUGGCCAAAAAGAAGACCAAGACAGCCAAGAAGACCUGUGACCCAUUGUAUCAGCAGGCCCUGCUCUUUGACGAGGGCCCUCAGGGCAAAGUGCUGCAGGUCAUCGUGUGGGGAGACUAUGGCCGCAUGGACCACAAGUGCUUCAUGGGGAUGGCGCAGAUCGUCUUGGAGGAGCUAGACCUGUCCAACAUGGUCACAGGCUGGUACAAACUCUUCCCCACCUCCUCGCUGGCAGACUCCAGUAUCGGCCCGCUCACCCGCCGCCUCUCCCAGUCCUCUCUAGAAAGCUCCACGAGUCCUUCCUGUCCGUAG